CAGUAAGCGUAUAUCGAGUGUUUAUUUGCGACAAUUAAAGCUCUAAAAUAUUUAACUUAGCCUAUUAAAAUGGCCAUAUAAUUUUACAUAAUUUAAGAGGUCGCCGACAUUAAUAACCCCCCCCGUUGUGUUUCUAUGCUAGAAAACAACAGUGGGAAAGUCCACGAAAAGCGAAGGAAUAUUGAGAAAUUCAACUACAAUCGCCAUUGUUUCGAUACAAUAAUUAGAGUAUUAUUACAACAAAAGAAACUCCACCAGCAUAUACGACAACAAUCAAGCGCCAGGUGAACAUGACCCGAUGAGCACUUAUCGGCGUAAUUUCAUCGCGCGAGAUCGCUUCGAAGACGAUGGCGAAAUUCGAAUGGCGAAAAUGAAGGUUCAAAGUGUUUAUUCGGUGCACUGAGGGUGAAUUUCAUGGUGCCCCUGUCGUUAUAAUCACAUCAUGGCGAUUAAAACGGUGCAUGUAAACCACAUGACUUUCUACGCUUUGGUUCUUUUCAUCGCCUCGGAGGCGGUGACCCAGACAAGCUGGAUGAACAAGUCAGAAAAUUUGAGAAUUCGAAGGAGCUACGAAACCCGCCGAGGUAAAGACCACUCCUACGGAAACUCGUUGAAAAUCCCGCCAUCCGGACGUGCAACUACCUUUUUCACGGAUAAUUCCACGACAGUCGUAGCGCAAAUCGGCGGAACCGCCAAAUUGCCGUGCGUCGUGAGGAAAUCCAAUAAUGCUGUUGUAUCCUGGAUCAGAAAAAACGUGGAGCCCCCGGCGAUACUGACAGUGGGAGUUGGAACGUACAUUGCAGACGAUCGAUUCCUCGUUGAACAUGCAAGGCAUCUACAAAAUUGGGGUUUGGUUAUUAAGCACGUCCGACCGGAAGAUGCUGGAGUGUAUGAAUGUCAAAUAUCCACACAUCCCACCUCCAGCAUAUUUUUGGAAUUGAAGGUAACAGAAGCUGUGGCGAUAAUCCUGGGGGCUCCGGACUUGUACAUCAAAGCCGGAUCUGUGCUGAGAUUGCAGUGCAAUUUAUUGCACGCUACCGAAGCACCAGCGUAUGUUUUUUGGUACCACGAACAGAAAAUGGUCAACCAUGAUCCAGGAGUGAUGGUGAACGCUGAUAAAACUUCCAGCGUUUUCCAGUUGGAUGAAGCUGAUACAAGACAUAGUGGGAAUUACACUUGUUAUCCAUCGAACACCAUACCGGCUUAUGUGACAGUUCAUGUGUUGAAUGCAACUGAAGAAGAAAACCCGGCUGCAAUGUUGCAUGCCAACACCAGCGAUAUCUCGACAAGAUUGGAUACUUUUUUUUUGGUAUUUGUAAAUAUUUUAUUAAUAGUAUUAGAUAGAUGAAAAUUUUAAAUGACUGUAAAUCUAGUCCCUGAGCUAAUCGGAAAACUAGAAAUACUUUCUUC